AUGUCAGUUGUGCGUCGGUUGUCGAGCAAAGCGUCGUCAAUUUACAACAUUCCUCGGGCACCUCCUGACCGGAUCUUGGGACUUACAGAGAGGUUCAAUAGCGAUCAGAACCCGCUUAAAGUCAAUCUUACCGUGGGCAUAUACAAGGACGAAAAUGGACAGGUGACAACGCUUCCAAGUGUUGCUCGCGCACAGACCGUUUUGGACCAACACGAAGAACUGAACACCGAUUUAUCGUAUUUACCCAUUUCCGGGAGCGCAGACUUCCAAUCCAAUGUGUUGCAGUUUCUGUUCCGAGAAUCUGCUCCCCAGGGCGCUCAGUAUCUUGAUGAAGAUCGUAUAAGUUUUAUUCAAACACUUUCCGGCACCGGUGCUCUUGCCGUGGCAUCCAAACUGUUAUCACUGUUCGUGACGAAAACCGCAUGGGUUCCAGAUCCAUCGUGGGCCAAUCACUGUAACGUUUUGCAAAACAAUGGAUUUAAAGAUAUCCGUCCGUACCCUUACUUGAAAAACGGUAGUUUGAACGUUGAACAAUGGUUGCAAGAACUUCAAAAUGCGCCUGUCGCCAGUAGCCAAUCAAACCCGCAAUGCAUCAUCCUACACGCUUGCUGUCAUAAUCCGUCUGGCAUCGAUCCUUCCAGUGAGCAGUGGACCGAGAUUUUGGAUACCAUCCAUGAUCUGAACCUAAUACCUAUAAUAGAUAUGGCAUAUCAAGGAAUGGAUACUGGUGAUUUGUACAAGGACGCCUACUUACUCAGAAUGAGCCUUGAUUCCCAGCGAUAUUGUUGGCCUAACGGACUUUUCCUAUGCCAAUCGUUUGCUAAGAAUAUGGGACUAUAUGGCGAACGUGUCGGCUCACUGUCGGUAGUCACUCCUCCAGAUAUGACUUUAAAACCAAAUAUCGAUUCGCAACUGAAGAAAAUCGUGAGAGGUUUUUACUCGUCUCCUCCUGGUUACGGUUCAAGGGUCGCUAACGUUGUUUUAUCGACGUCAGAGCUGAAAACCCAAUGGUUCGAAGAUGUUAAGAAAAUGCAUUCUCGUUUACAGAGCGUUAGAACAAAAAUGGCUGAAAGAUUGAACUGGAAUUGUUUUAGUGAGAUAAAUGGACAACAUGGCAUGUUUCUUUACACUGGGCUCUCUCCAUCACAGGUCGGCAUUCUCAGAGAAAACCACUCUGUGUAUCUAAACUCAGACGGUCGCCUUUCCCUGAGUGGGCUCAAUUCAAGCAAUAUAGAUUAUGUCUGUGAUUGCAUGCAAAAAGUUACAGAUGGGGCGUGA